GGCGGGGAAAAUACAACAUGGCGGCGCCCAGAGAUCGCAGGUGACUGAAAUCUGUUAAUAUUUGUCAUUUGUUAUUACCGUAUAUAAUUGUCGUUUUUUUCAAUUUAUUUUCAUAAAUAUAUACUUAGAUGCCAAACUGAGAGUAUUAUUUAAGCGUGUAUAAUUAAAUAGGAUUAUUGUAACAUUGUCCGCCGUAAUGACAACUUGUUGAUGCAGGAAACUAUCUUCAUAGGUGACCCUGAUAGUUGAUGAUGAUAAAUACAUAUGGUUAUUUUCCUGUCUUAAUCACCAUUCUUAACCUGGGAGUUAUCGUUUCCCAGAAUUGUGGUAAUCAGCAAUGCACGGAGAGACAGUUUUGUGGGAACACAUCAACAUUCCAACCAGUCUGUGUGGGUUGUAAUGCUGCCUGUUACAAUUGUACCGGAUCUGGACCAGAAAGGUGCAUUACCUGUGCAUCCAAUUAUUAUAUGUUCAACAAAAUUUGCCGCAUAUGUGAUGAUUCGUGUGAUGGUUGUACUGGAGCAGGACCAGAGAAAUGUAAAAAAUGCAAGAUAGCAUACUAUAAUGAGGAAGGAACUUGUAGGUCUUGCCCAGACGAUACAUUUGGUCAGAACUGUGAAAAUACGUGUCACUGCCUAAACGGACCCGACGACUGUGAUAGAGAGACGGGAAAAUGUGGUUCAUGGCAAUGUGAAUGGGGAUGGAAAGGUCCGCCUGAAUGCCAAACAGCUUGUGAACCAAAUUUCUUUGGUAUAAAUUGCAACAAAGAGUGUAAUUGUCCAGUGAAUGACACAUGUAGUUCAAUAAAUGGACGAUGUGCUUCAGGAAAUUGUCAUCCUGAAUAUGGUGGACCAGCUUGCCAGAUACAUUUACCAAAGCUAGUAGAGCAACCAAAAAUUACAAACAAUAAAUGCGGAAAUCUGACAUUGAGCUGGAUUGGAUGGGUGGAAGAUGUCGACAUUGGGAAAGGACCCAUAGCUCAGUAUCUUGUUUGGCAGGAAAAACUAAACUCCUCUUCUAGCUGGACUUUAAUCAGAAAUAUUUCUCAUACUGAUGCUACAUCUCAGUAUGCAUUCAAUCUUACAAACCUUGACCCUGAAGGAGAAUACAGAUUCCGAAUAGAUGUUCGUGCACAGGAUGGAGACAAACUAAUGGAAGAGAUAUCUAAAGGAUUUGUUACAGAUUACUAUAGUGUUGAAUGUUUCAAACCUACUACAUCGGCUCCAAAUGAUCAGUCAACUACUACUCCAUUCAAACCACCAGUAGGGUCCUUAUUCACAUCAUACAAAUUGUCAGUAGUGAAUGGAUUUGUGCAAGUUGAUUGGGCCAUCGAUAGUAACUACGAUGAUGUUGUUGACAGUCUUACUUUAUCGUUUGCCAUUAUAAAGUACGGUGAUUGCAAAUUGAAACUUAAUCCAGUGUAUAGCAGCCUACCACUGAGUAAUUCCACAAGCUAUACUUUAAACAGUUUAAUAAAAUGGAGAACUUAUAAUGUUCGGCUAGUUAUUACUUCAUCUCAGCAAAAUAUUUCUAAUGUCCAUAAACAAGUUGAAGGUGAAAUUACUACACCAGAGACAGAACCUUCUGGAUUUGUAAAUAACGUAUCAGAAAUUGCCAAGACAUCUAGCUCUUUUACUGUAAGUUGGAACGAUCCUGACUGUGAAGAAAGAGGAGGAGCAUUUCUACGUUAUGAUGUUGUUGUGUCAGGAUUCUCACAGAACUAUUCAACCACUGAUCGGUUUAAGAAAAUAUCCGGUUUACAGACGUAUACAGACUAUAAUGUACAGAUAUCAUAUGUCAAUAAUAUUGGUGCUGGACCUCUCUCUCCAAUGCAGUCGUUUAAAACAGGAGAAGGGCUGCCAGCUGCACCAACUGCCCUGAUGUUAACACCGUCAAUAAGAUCAGUAACUGUUAGUUUUUCAAUUCCUUCGCCUACAAACGGUAUUAUUAUUGCCUAUGAUAUAGCCUACAGUGAAGAGGCAAAUUUCAUAGAUAGAUUACAGAAACCAUCAGCAUUAACAAACGUCAUGUUGUCUGAUCUUUCUCCUGCAACUCUAUACUUUGUAAAGGUUCGAGCUAGAACAGCAGCAGGGUAUGGUAACUAUAGUUCCUUUUCAAGUACAAUAACUCAAGAAGACUUUCCAGAUGCGCCAACAUCUCUAGCUGUUACUACCAGAAAUGAGAGUUGUUUAGGAAUAUCAUGGAGGGCACCAAAUAUAACCAAUGGAAUUGUCACUUCUUAUAUAGUUAUCUUGAAACUGAAUGACAGUAUUUCCUACCAGGACACGAUGCAAGCCAGUAAAGAAUUGAAUACUACGACAGCAGGUAUUAUGAGAUCAGCACUUUUGUGUUUGCUAUAUCCCGGACGACGGUAUCAGAUCAAAGUAGCUGCAAAAACGAGCAGGGGAUUUGGUGAUCCUGAUCAUUUGUUUGAAUACACAGAACAAUCAACACCGAAUACACCACCAGCACCAAAGAAGAUUAGCUCUACUGCAACAACAAUUGUAGUGUCAAUCGAUCCAGUCAUAUUGACAACAGGACCACUUACUGCCUAUGUAAUAUAUGUUCAUGAUCUUACCGUUGGUUCUGGAAAACGGAAGCGGGCAACUGGAAAUCCACCGGGAGUUGAAACAGCAAUACUUUUACCAGAUGAAGUGUUGACGACGACUUUUUUCACAGUAGGGGAUGGAAAAAUAUAUAAUGGUAUUCAAAAUAACCCCUUGGUCUCUGGUCAUCAGUACGACGUUUAUUUACAAACAAGAAGUACCCUCCUCGGUGUAACAAAGUCAAGUUACAACCAAAUGGUACUUAAUCCCACUCCUUCUACGUCGGCUCCAAACACUGUGGUGACUGCCUCUGCUGAUUACACAGGUGUAAUAAUCGCCAUUAUUGUCAUUAUUAUCAUAAUUCUGAUAGCUAUUGUAGUGAUCUGUGUUCUGUAUUGGUAUAGAAGACGUAGAAGUUACGCACCCUAUGCAGCACAUGUCGACGACAAGGGUAAUUAUGAUUGUAUGUAUACUCAUGUGGAUGAUUAUGAUCCUCAUAAAUAUUGGAAUACUAUUUAUUCACACCGAGAAAGUCGAUACAUUAUUGCAGGACGGAACCUCAUACCUCCCGAUAGAAGUAAUUAUGAUAUGAAUGGUGUUGUUGAGUCAAAGAUGAAUCCACCAGUUACCUUUCAGCAAGAGUUUCAUGAUCUCCCUCAUGGACGUUUGGCAUCGUGGAAUGUUGCAUUGAAACAUCGAAAUCAGCGAAAGAAUAGAUUCCCACAUUUAUUACCGUAUGACCAUUCGCGUGUUAUUCUACGGGGGGAUGAAAACUCGAGAGAUGACUAUAUCAAUGCAAAUUUCAUUCAUGGAUAUCACAAACAGAAUGCAUAUAUUGCGGCACAAAGCCCUUUUGACGAGGAAACGGUUCUUGACUUUUGGAGAAUGAUUAAUCAAACAAAUGUUUCUGUUAUUGUAAUGAUCACUAAUAUCAUAGAGGACAAUAUCGUUAAAUGUACAAAAUAUUGGCCUGAUCAAGAUCAGGGAAAGGUAACAUACGGCCAUUUCUUUCUGGAGCUGAUCGAUACUCAAGAAUUUGCAUCAUAUGUAAUACGAACUAUGAAGUUUAAGUCGAACAGUACGUAUAGUUCCACUAGAGUUGUCCAUAUAUUUGAUUUUUGUUCUUGGCCAGAUCAUGGUGUUCCUGAUGAUCCUAUACCAUUGUUGGAAAUGAGGUUCAAGGUUAAAGAGUACAACAGUGAUACACCUGCAUCACCUUUGUUAGUUCAUUGUGGUACAGGAGUCGGGAGAACAGGAGCUUAUAUAGCCAUAGAUAGCCUUUUGGAACAGUAUGAUAGAGAAGGUCGUAUAAGUAUAUCAGCUUUCGUGAGGCGUUUGAGGAAGGAUCGGGUUCAAAUGGUCCGGACAAUAAAACAAUACAUAUUUAUUUAUGAUGCCAUAUUCGAAGCGAAACAUGCUGGCCAAACAAGAACAGGGCUUGAUUUGAAAGAAAAGUAUCAUCUGCUGACAAGGAAAAAUCCGAAAACGAAACACUCAUAUUUAAGAGAUCAGUUUGAAUGCUUGAGCAACUUUACACGCAAAUUACACUCUGCAAACUGUUCAGAUGCACUAUCUCAUAUUAAUUUAGAUAAAAACCGGUUUCCAGACGUCAUUCCGACAAAUAUGCACAGAGCCGUUUUGAGCACUCCUGGGGGCGUCGGAAGGACCGAUUAUAUUAAUGCAGUUUUACUAGAUAGUCACCGACAAAAAGACCAUUUCAUCGUUACACAGACACCAUUGCAUACAACUAUUAUAGAUUUCUGGAAACUGGUCUAUGAUUUUAAUGUCCACACCAUCGUCAUGAUGGAAAAUUAUAAACACGAGGAUGACACAUGUGCAGAAUAUUGGCCAGAGGAGAAGAAAAUGAAACAGUUUGAGCCUUUCUUCAUAGACAGUAUCGCUGUAUACCAGCAGGACAAUAUCACUAUUCGCCAUUUUAAAAUUCAUAGCAUGCUAAAUCCUAAAGUUCAGGCACGUGAGAUUCGUCAAUUUCAAUUUAACGCUUGCAACGACACAGACUUCGUACCAAAAUCAAAGUCCAUGUUUCUUGAUCUCUUUGACUUGGUUAAGGACUGGCAGAAUGUGUCAUGUGAAGAUGAUUGUCCAGUCAUUGUUCAUUGUAAGGAUGGGGCUACACACAGUGGAUUUUACGUUGCCAUCAGCAAUAUUUGCGACGCCAUGCUGCAUGAUGGCGAUGUUGAUGUAUAUCAUACUGUAAGGCGGGUUAAAAAGAGAAGAACGCAAAUUGUAGACCUCGUGGAACAAUACCGGUUUUGUUACAAGGUAUUAUGGGACUACAUGAACAUGCGACUUCCAGGAGGAACACUGACCAAUAUGAUGGACCAUACUCAAGCAGAUAAAUUGUACAAUGUUGGUAGUUUAAGUCUACCGUCCUACACGUCUCACUUGGAGUACUCACAGUUUGACUACAGUUGAAGACAAAUAUUGAUUAAUAUAUGUAUGCUUUUUAUUUUAAUAUGCGAACAUAUAGCAAUUGAAAAGCCAUUGAAAAUUAAAUUAGUCCAAUAUUAUCCAUAUAGGUUGUUCCAUUUUUUAAGUGGAUAGUUAAAAAUUUUAUCAAUAUAAGCCGAAGAUUUAAAAGAUAUAUUGAUAUUAUAAGUUAUAAGCCACAUAGAGACUACAAUUUUCAUAAAGAUGUCUUUGGGGUGGGUUUCUUUCAAAGAAUUUGAAAUGGUUAUUUUAUAUUUUAUAAAUCUUAGAGGUGAACAAAAUUAAUAUAUCAAACAAAUUUUUCAAUGGUGAUUUUUCGUAAUACUAGUGAUUUGCUUUUUUCGGUUUUUAUUAUGUAGAUGCAUAUGUGUUACUUAUGUUUAAAAUCACGUGAAUAUUUAAAAUACACUUAUGGUAGAAGUUACUUAUUUUUAUAGAUGUUGAUUGUCUCUAUACCUAUAUAGAACCAGUGAGAUUUUUUUUUUACUAUGUAAAGAGACCGAUGUGCUUUAAAUAUUAGUAAGUGCCAUACUUUUAUUAUGAUGAACGGAUACUAGUAUUCACUGAAACCAAACAAAUACACAGAUACGUGUGCUCUUCAAGAUAGGUUACAAUAUGAAAUCGUCUAGGAACUUAUUGAUUUCAAAGCAGACUGUACAGGUGACUACUUUCUAUGAAAGGAAAGGGCCGCUGGAAAGUUCACAUUUUAAUGCUUCAUAAUCACGCGAACGGUGCAAUAUAAAUAAGAUGAUAUUAAGUCUUACUUGUACUUGUAAAGAACAUACAACUAAAUUAGAUGUUCAUAUGUAUAAUGAUAUAUGUUAAGAUUAAUUAAAAUCGUAUUUGACACUUUUAAUCUUUUUUUUUAAAACUUAUCCGAUUAUCGUAGAAAUUCAGUUUGAAAAUAAUAACAAAGGGGUGCUAUAAUUGAACAGACUUCUGAUCGUGCAAUCAUGGAUAAUGGUAAAAUGUUACUUUAAAUGACAACAGUGUUUGGUAUAAUAAUUACAAAAUGACUAUGUUAAUGUAAAAUUUACUCGGUUAGUCAACCAAGUCUGUCUUAACGUCUCUUUUGUUUCAACUACUAUAGUAUAAUAAAAAAAAAAGCUAAGAUGUUUGUAAAAUAAGAAUAAGGAGAUGUGAUAUGAUUGCCAUUGUAACAACUAUCCACCAGUGACCACAGCACGAGGGUGUUAACAACUAUAGGUCACCGUACAGCUUUAAACAAUGGACAAAAUAUUGUCUCUUAUAGGUAGUAUAUUCUUCUUACAAACUGUUAACCAUUUUCGUUUUCCUAUUUUGUCUUUAUUUAAUGUUUUAUUUUCCUAUAGAAUGUCAAUUGUCAUUGAGACCAAAUUGUUGAUUAUACUUAUAUAUGACUGGCCUGUGUUAACGUGACAUUAUUAAGAAGCUGAGGUUCUUACCUCCUCAAGUUGACCUCAGGUUCUUACCUCCUCAAGUUGACCUUAGGUGAUUUUUGCCUAUUCUCUUCGAGUCCCUUUUGGUCACAUAGCUCCUCGUGUAUUUUUAAAAGUACUUCCACACACACACCUUUCUUUUCUUUUCUUUCUUUUUCUUUUUCUUUUUUUUUUUAGGUUUGAGCGUUCCUAAUGAAGGUAAAAUGUAAAAAUCGUUUCGAACCGCACCAUAUAUGGAGUAUUAUUUUCAUUUUUAUCAUCUCCAAUCCAAAUGGCUAAGCAAGUUUUUAUUUGGUUUUAAAAAGUCCAAAACUUUCAACAUUUGUUUUAAGUUUGAAAUCCCAAAGUUUUUUGGCUUCGACCAUCCACUGAAGCGAUUUAUUGUUGUAUAACGCUUAUCGGUUUUAUAAGAGUACCAUUGUUAUCAUCAGUAUCUUUAUAUUUUGUCACGGAAAAUCUCUUUUUCUUCUAUGGUGUUUAAAGGCAAAGUUUGUGUAUACUAAGAUGUCAAAAUAUUUCCUUAAAUUGAUUCUGUAAUAAAAUUAUAUCAAAAUAUUUGGGUUACUUAUUUUACUGGGUUUAUAUGUGAAUUGUCUCUUUUUGUUUCAUAUAUAUUUAUAUAUAUAGACACAUUGUAAUGAAUACAAGUUAUUGUUAGAUUGCCAUACUAUUGUGACUGAUAUUUUGGACAUAGCUGACGUUACAAUUAUUAAUUAAAUUUUAUUUAAAUAAAAUUUAAUUAAUAAUUGUAACGUCAGCUAUGUCCAAAAUAUGAAUAUGAUUGUCGUUAGUUAGUAGAUGACCAAUAUAUCUUAUAAAUUUAUGAUUGGUAUUUAUAAAUUAUUUACAAAUGUA